AUGGCCGACGAUAUCAGCGCCCAGAUCAAGGCCGAGCAGGAAAAGAGAGCCAAGGACAGCUCCUCACAGCGUGAUGACACGCGCGUUUCCCUCACCGGCGUCGGUUAUGAUCAGGACAUCUAUGGCAGUGGCAACAAGUUCGAGGGCUACUCAACCUCCUUACCCAUGGACGACGACGAUGACGAGGAGGACGAACUCUCACAGCGUGCCGCACAAAAGAAGCUGUCGUCCUACACAGCACCAAAGGAGGUCUAUGCUCAUUUAACCUCUGCUGAAGACGAAGACCACGAUCCUUUCGCAGGACGAUCAGAGUCUAAGAGAGUCAUCGAUAGACAGGAUGAUUACCAUAAGCGUGGGUACAACCGGGCACUCUCCCCUUCGAGACAGGAUGCCUUUGCCAAGGACCAGGGCGCAGCAGGAUCGGAGGCGCGGACAUAUGCAGAGGUGAUGAGGGAGGCUGAGCUGGAGCGUGAGCAGCAGCGAGUCUUGCAAAAGAUUGCCGAGAAAAAGAAGGAGGCACAAAAGGCUACAGGACAGGACGCACCGCCACCCCCAACACCUACUGGAAGAAAGAGACGCUGGGAUGUGGCUACGCCCGUUGUUGCUCCAGCAGCCACCUCCUCAUGGAACGAGCCCGACGAUCAUGUCGCCGCACCUACCAACCGCUGGGAGGAGACCCCCAAGGCCGAUGUCAAGAAGCGUAACCGCUGGGACGAGACACCAGUCGCAAGUAACACAUCAUCAUGGGACGCUACACCUAGAGCUUCUUCAGGUGUUGCGGAGACACCCACUGCCAAGCGCUCUCGAUGGGACGAGACACCCGUGGCGCCCUCGGGCAUGUUUGGCGCAAUCCCUAUGGCUGGACAACUCGGCAUGGUCACACCUAACCUGGCUGUGCCCAUGACCCCCGAAGCGAUGAAUGCCCAGCGUUGGGAGCAUGAGAUCGACAUGCGCAACAGACCUCUCACGGACGACGAUCUGGAUGCCAUGUUUCCCACCACUGGAUACAGGAUCUUGGAGCAGCCUGCCACUUACACGCCCAUUCGCACCCCUGGUCGCAAGUUGACUGCCACACCCACACCCUACACUGGAAACGGAUUCAUGAUGCAGGACGAGAACUUGAAGCAGAACUACGGUAUUGCUCCCACAGAAUUGGAGGUCCCCGGCGGCGGCAACCUCCCCUUUUUCAAGCAGGAUGAUAUGCAGCACUUUGGAAAGCUGCUCGACGAGAAGGACGAGUCGUCCAUGUCGGCGGAGGAUAUUAAGGAGCGCAAGAUCAUGAGACUGUUGCUCAAGAUCAAGAACGGAACACCAGCCAUGCGUAAGGCUGCCCUUCGUACCAUUACCGACAAGGCCCGCGACUAUGGCGCAGGACCACUCUUCAACCAGAUUUUGCCCCUGUUGAUGUCACCCACACUGGAGGAUCAGGAACGUCACUUGUUGGUCAAGGUCAUUGACAGGAUCUUGUACAAGCUGGACGAUCUCGUCCGUCCCUUUGUCCACAAGAUUCUUGUUGUCAUUGAGCCACUGUUGAUCGACGAGGAUUACUAUGCUCGUGUUGAGGGUCGUGAGAUUAUCAGCAACUUGAGUAAGGCUGCCGGCUUGGCCACUAUGAUUGCAACCAUGCGCCCCGAUAUCGACCACGCCGACGAGUACGUCCGAAACACCACUGCUCGUGCCUUCUCGGUCGUUGCGUCUGCUCUCGGUAUUCCAGCCCUGUUGCCUUUCUUGAAGGCUGUCUGCAACAGUAAGAAGUCGUGGCAGGCCCGUCACACCGGUAUUAAGAUUGUCCAGCAGAUUGCUAUUUUGCUCGGAUGCGCCAUCUUGCCUCAUCUCAAGAACCUCGUCGACGCCAUUGCCAAGGGCUUGGAGGACGAGCAACAAAAGGUCAGGACUAUCGCAUCGCUGGCUAUUGCGGCGUUGGCUGAGGCUGCCCACCCUUACGGUAUUGAAUCCUUCCACAGUGUGUUGAAGCCUCUUUGGUCUGGCAUCAAGAAGCACCGUGGAAAGGGUUUGGCAGCUUUCCUGAAGGCCAUCGGAUACAUCAUCCCUUUGAUGGAGGAGGAGUAUGCCAACUUUUACACAAAGGAGGUCAUGCCCAUCCUGAUCAGGGAGUUCCAGUCGCCUGACGAGGAGAUGAAGAAGAUUGUGCUCAAGGUCGUCAAGCAGUGUGCUGGUACCGACGGUGUAAGCCCUCAGUACAUAAAGGAGGAGAUCCUGCCCGAGUUUUUCAAGAACUUUUGGGUGCGCCGCAUGGCUUUGGACCGCAGGAACUACAAGCAGCUGGUCGAGACCACCGUCGAGCUGGCUCAGAAGGUUGGUGUCACCGAGAUUGUGUCGAGAAUUGUCGAGGACUUGAAGGAUGAGUCGGAGCCCUACCGCAAAAUGGUCAUGGAGACGAUCGAGAAAGUUGUUACUCAGUUGGGCGCCGCUGAUGUGGAUGGACGUCUGGAGGAGGUGCUCAUUGACGGAAUCCUGUACGCCUUCCAGGAACAGACUACCGAAGAUAUUGUCAUGUUGAACGGUUUCGGAACGGUCGUCAAUGCGCUCGGAUACCGCAGCAAGGCCUAUCUCCCCCAGAUCACGUCGACCAUUCUUUGGCGCCUCAACAACAAGUCUGCCAAGGUCCGUCAGCAAGCAGCCGAUCUGAUUUCGAGAAUUGCUGUCGUCAUGAAGACCUGCGGUGAAGAAAAGUUGAUGGGGCAUUUGGGUCUGGUCCUGUUCGAGUACUUGGGAGAGGAGUACCCCGAGGUUCUUGGAUCGAUUCUGGGAGCAUUGAAGGCGAUCGUGAACGUUAUUGGUAUGAGCAGCAUGACACCACCCAUCAAGGACUUGUUGCCUCGCUUGACGCCUAUUCUCAAGAACCGACAUGAGAAGGUGCAGGAGAACAACAUUGACUUGGUCGGUCGUAUUGCAGAUCGUGGAGCUGAGUUCGUGAGUGCGCGUGAGUGGAUGCGUGUCUGCUUCGAGUUGCUGGAUAUGCUCAAGGCUCACAAGAAGGGUAUUCGUCGUGCCGCUGUAAACACCUUUGGAUAUAUCGCCAAAGCGAUUGGACCUCAGGAUGUCCUGGCAACGUUGCUCAACAACUUGAAGGUUCAGGAGCGCCAGAACCGUGUCUGUACAACCGUCGCUAUUGCCAUUGUCGCCGAGACUUGCGCACCCUUUACCGUUCUCCCCGCCCUCAUGAACGAGUACCGUGUCCCCGAACUGAACGUCCAAAACGGUGUCCUCAAGUCAUUGGCCUGGGUGUUCGAGUAUAUCGGAGAGAUGGGCAAGGAUUAUAUCUAUGCUGUCACACCGCUACUGGAAGAUGCUCUUAUGGACCGAGAUCUUGUUCAUCGUCAGACCGCCUGUACAACCGUGAAACACAUGUCGUUGGGAGUUGUUGGAUUGGGAUGUGAGGAUGCACUGCUUCACUUGCUGAACUUCGUGUGGCCCAACAUUUUCGAAACGUCUCCUCAUGUGAUUAAUGCCGUGAUGGAUGCGAUUGACGCACUGGCGGUUGCACUGGGGCCAGCGACGAUUUUGCAGUACGUUGUCCAGGGUCUGUUCCACCCCGCAAGAAAGGUCCGUGAGAUCUACUGGAAGAUCUACAACAACAUGUACAUUGGCGCUCAGGACGGAGUCAUUCCCUUCUAUCCCUCGAUCGACAACGAUGGUGCCAACAGAUACGAGCGCACCGAGCUCUUCUACGUCGUCUAA